AUGGUUAAAGAUAAAAGCACUGAAGAAAGUCACCUAGAUAUUAAAUGGGAAAUUGUUGAAAUAGAUGAAAACAAUGGACUUUUACUUCUAGAACUGAAUCCUCCUAACCCUUGGGAUUCAGACCCCAGAUCUCCUAAAGAGUUGGCUUUUGGAGAAGUACAGGUAACAUAUCUCACUCAUGCCUGCAUGGACCUCAAGUUGGGAGACAAGAGAAUGGUAUUCGACCCUUGGUUAACUGGUCCUGCUUUUGCCCGAGGAUGGUGGUUGCUACAUGAGCCUCCAUCUGAUUGGCUGGAGAGGCUAUGCCGAGCAGACCUCAUCUAUAUCAGUCACAUGCACUCGGACCACCUGAGUUAUCCCACACUGAGGAAGCUUGCUGAGAGAAGACCAGAUAUUCCCAUUUAUGUUGGAAACACAGAAAGACCUGUAUUUUGGAAUCUGCAUCAAAGUGGUGUCCAGUUGACUAAUAUCAAUGUAGUGCCAUUUGGAAUAUGGCAGCAGGUAGACAGAGACCUUCGAUUCAUGAUCUUGAUGGAUGGUGUUCAUCCUGAGAUGGACACUUGCAUUAUUGUGGAGUACAAAGGUCAUAAAAUACUCAAUACAGUGGACUGCACCAGACCCAAUGGGGGAAGGCUGCCUUCGAAGGUUGCUCUAAUGAUGAGUGAUUUUGCUGGAGGUGCAUCAGGCUUUCCCAUGACUUUCAACGGUGGAAAAUUUACGGAGGAAUGGAAAGCCCAAUUCAUUAAAACAGAAAGGAAGAAGCUCCUAAACUACAAGUCUCGGCUGGUGAAAGACCUGCAACCCCGGAUUUAUUGUCCGUUUGCUGGGUAUUUUGUGGAAUCUCACCCAUCAGACAAGUACAUUAAGGAAACAAACACCAAAAAUGACCCAAAUGAACUCAACAAUCUCAUCAAGAAAAACUCUGAUGUAGUAACAUGGACCCCACGGCCUGGAGCCACCCUUGAUCUGGGGAGGAUGUUAAAAGACCCAGCAGACAGCAAGGGCAUCAUAGAGCCUCCAGAAGGAACUAAAAUUUACAAGGAUUCCUGGGACUUUGAACCUUAUUUGAAAAUCUUGAAUGCUGCUAUAGGAGAUGAAAUAUUCCUUCACCCGUCCUGGAUAAAAGAAUAUUUCACUUGGGCUGGAUUCAAGGAUUAUAACCUUGUGGUCAGGAUGAUUGAGACAGAUGAAGACUUCAACCCUUUUCCUGGCGGAUAUGACUAUUUGGUUGACUUUCUAGAUUUAUCCUUUCCAAAAGAAAGACCAUGCCGAAAACAUCCCUAUGAGGAAAUUCUUAGCCGGGUGGAUGUCAUCAGACAUGUGGUGAAGAAUGGUCUACUCUGGGAUGACUUGUAUAUAGGAUUCCAAACCCGGCUCCAUCGUGAUCCUGACAUAUACCAUCACCUGUUUUGGAAUCAUUUUCAAAUAAAACUCCCCCUUUCGCCACCCAACUGGAAGUUAUUCCUGAUGCACUGUGAGCAGAGUGGGUCUGGGAUUCCACAGGAAUGCAAAGCAGCAUGAAAAAUUCAUGAAUUCACUGAUCAAUUAAAAACAAAACUUAAAAAACCAAGUGUACUAUUGUUACAUCUUGAACACAAGAAGUUUAUACCAAAGAGACUAUGCUUUAAGACUUCAGUAAUGGAUCAACUAUAUGUUGCAGCUAUGAUGUAUUCGAGAUUUAUUUUCUGAUUAUCUAUCCUACCUCUAAUUCUGAAGAUAUAAGAAUUCUUUGCUGGAAUUUGUCUUCUGAAAUAUCUAGAUUCAUACUUGGUAAUAGAAUCUUAUUUAAAUUAACAUAAAUAAGGUUUGAUUAUUCUGGCUCAUAUCACUCAUUAUGCAUAACAGAAAUGCUUGGAAUUCAGGGAUUAUAUUUUGUGAUUUAUACUAUAUAGUAAAUGAUUCAAUUUUCACUGAAAAUAAAUUGAAUGUAUAUCAACAUAUGUUAAAAUACCUAUGAUGAGCAAAUUAAAGAUUAUUUUAAAAUGUGAA